AUGCAGGGAAAUAAGGGAAUGGAUGGGUUCAGCGACACCUCCAGCAUCGGCAGCGUGCUGGAUGAUGCAGACCGUGAAGUGAGCAGCCUCACAGACCGGGCCUUCCGGAGCUUGUGCAUCUCAGAAGACAUGUCCUUCCAGGAUUCAGACGUGGCCCUGUCUCCUGAUAUCACCCGCCAGGUGUCUGGGAAUGUUUACCAGGGCUCUGUGAGCCACACCCAGAGGAAAAGUGGCCUUUGGAGCCAUGUACCAGCACAGGGCACGGAGCAUGCGGGCUGGGCAGCCACACUUCAACAGCAACCCAAGUACGUGCAAGGGGAGGAGAAGUAUCCCAAAAGCAGUCCCCCAACAACGCCAGCCCAGAGGAGACUCGAAGUGCCUGUUUCUGGCCUGAGGAGCAGCAACAGGCCUGUUUCCAAAGUCUCCUCACUGAUUAAGUCUUUUGACAGUGCUGAGAGCCAGCAUGGUGAUGGCAGACCUUCUACCUGCAAGCCUCCAGCUCUCAAACAUCCCCUCAAAUUUGCUCCACUUCCAGAAAGCAGUGUCAACUUCUGUUUUGAUUCUGCCUUUCUGACUGUCCGGAGGGUGCCUGCCGAAGUCUCUGGCCCCCAUCACAAUAGCCUCCAACCUGGCAGAAAGCUGGGAGAACAGGAGACUUCCAGUCACUCUGAAGCAGCCCCUCACAGCUCCAGCAACUUCCUCCCCACCCCUGAAGAUGCAGCAAGUUCUCAGUCCAAGUUCUCUGCUCUGCCCAACCAGCCAGUUCAGGGGGAAGCUGCCCGAAUUCCCAAAGGGACAUUUCUGCACAGUGAAAACAGUGCCUUUGAGUCAUGGAGUGCCCGACAGCCCCGACUGCUGGAGAGAAAGGAAGCAAUCAACACUGUGUCUGACAGCAAAGCUCCAAAUUGCUCAGAGGAUACGUCCUUGCUAAAUGAACAUCAUGGCCCCGAACUCAGGGUCUCUCCUUGCCAAGUGUGGGCCAGCUGUGGUCAGGAAGAGAAGAGGCUGGCAGGAGGUGCACAUGCCACACCAGGGCCCUGGGCCUCAAGGAAUCCCAGAACCCAAAAAUUUGCUCCAGAAGGAAAAGCUUCCGAUACACAGUCUGACCCACCACUAAAGCAAACUCAGGCCCCCUGGAGGAAACCAAAGCCAGGCAAAUGUGGUCCUCCAGGGAGAGAUAGUAGACAGGAAGUUUCAGAUCAGAGACAGCAGCAGACCAGCAGACGAGACCCAGCUUUGCAUACAAAGCACAGUGCACAGGGAUGUUUCCCAGAAAACGAUGCAUUGGACCUGCCUGCAGAGUCUCAGGGUCAAUACCUGCCCCCUUUUAACAUCCGUAAGCUUCUGACCCCCAUCAUCUCCACCAAACAUGUUCUGGAGUCCUCCGAGGACAAACUGGUGGGAUCCCUGCCCUCAUCGCCACCAAGACAAUUGAAUGGCUAUGAAGAGAAGGAUCCUGGAGAAAAUCAGACCCAGGACAGCUACAAACCCAAAGCCCCAAACCUAUUCCUCCUCAAGGAUGUACGCAAGUGUAUAAAGAGCACAUACAGCCCCUCAUCUCUCUCAAAAGGCCUUGAGGAGAGGCCCAGAGAACAGCAAGAGCCCAUGUGUAAUGGGGUCCUCCAGCCCAAUGGCCUUGAAGACAGUCCUAAUGAGCAGGCAAGAAGCAGAUCAGUGCCACAUAGCAGUCCCCAGAUGGACUCUACAGCCAGGCCCCAUAUAGCAUCAGAAAACCACCAUCUAACUGCUAACUCUCCUCCAGCUCUGGCCCAAAUCCCCUUCUGUGUCAAUGGGGAGGCUAACAACAGGAACAGCUCCGAGGACAUUGACACAAAUGGAAAACCAGAUGUGGAAGCCACUGAGUCUGGCUGGGAUCUGGACAGCAGGGAGUGCAACCCCAGGAAGCGCCUAUCACUGCAGGUUGGUGGUGGUGAGCAAGAGUUCAGGAAUGCAGCAGAGAAUUGGAAGACCCCUAGCCAACAAGAGAAUGGAUGCUUGAGAUCCAUUUCUCAAGAGACAGAAACCCAAAGGGAGGAGGCAAGACUUCAGAAUCCCAACUUGAGCCAAAAAUUCUCCCCAGGGCCCCUCUCUCCUGAGGAGGAAGAUGUGUUCUACAGUGACACUCAAUCUGAUUUCAUGCCAGGCCUGAAAAGUAAGGCCAAGUUCAGCACUAGCUCCUCUGAUCAGUCCUUUGCAUCCUUUGAAGAUCAGACGAAAGUGUGUUUUGCUGCAAGUCAGCAGGAAGAUGAGAUAGAUGAAGUAGGUCCACAUGCCAGUGGGAAGGAUGAAGAGGAGCUUCGGGAAGUUACCUAUGGUGACGGGUCUGUAACCACGGAGGACCGGGAUGAGCAACAAGAAAGGGAAAGUUUGUCUGGAGGCAGCCCUGGAAAGGUAUCAAAGGAGAUAACUGACUUCAGAGGUGGUUGGAUCAAAGGACAUAAGGACAACUUCCUGCCACCUGCCAAAGACAUUAUUGCAUCACCAGCUGCUGCUUCAAGUAAGUACCAGCUGUUUGUAAUCAAGGACAAUACCCUCAGGGCCACACCAGUGAUUAAGCCCAUUAUGCUGCCCCUCCUGAGGGCCAUGUCUACAGAAGACCCACUCAGUGGUAGUGGGGGCCACAAGGAAAGGGGAUCACCAAGACAGCGCUGGGGCGAGGAUGCUGGCCAAUGUACUCCAGAGAAUCAGAUGGCAUCAUCGAGCAUGCGAGGCCCACUCUCAAAGCACCAGGGUCACGAAGACCAGAAUCAGGGGCCCAGCAUGGCCAGGACAGAGACAGUUCCAAGGGGGGUUGGCACAUCCUCUUCAUUUCCAGGAGUAGGCAAAGGGAUGAGAAUGCCCCAAGAAGAUACACCUAGAGCUGGGUUAAAUGAGGACAAGAGCAGGUCCACAGAGGGAAUAUCAGAUGUUCCUAAGUGCAUCCCCACCAUUGCUUUGCCCAAAGGUGACUCUGAAGGUCAGCUGAUCGUGAGGCAGCGGGGAACCUGCCAGGAAAAAGAGAACCUAGAUUUUAAGUGCCAGCUUUUGCCAACACCCAGAGCAGGGCAACAGGGGAAAAGGCUGGUACCCAGUGAGAUGGCAGUGUCCCCCAAUGCCAGCUCCCUCGAUGAGUGCAGUGCCUACUCUCCUGCAUCUGGUAGCCUUUGGGAUGAUUCUUCCCAGGUCCCCAGUGAGUGGACUCCCUGGGCCAACAGUGGCCCAGUACGGCUUCCCCACAGGGAGGACCUGACCCACGUUCUUGCUUGGGAGACAGUCUGCGACCCCCAACUUGAGCCAUUCUCAGAAGAACUCAGGACAGUCUCUCCAAGGAGCUCUCUGCUAGACUUACCCAUCAGCCUCCCUGAGAAAGCUGAACCUACUGUUCCACUGGAGAAAGCAGCUGGCAAGCCUCCUGCAGUACCACCUAAAACAGAGAAGGCCCUGCGGAGGGCAAAGAAGCUGGCCAGCAAGAGGAGGAAGCUAGACCAGAGGCAUGAGAAACACGAGGAGGCCAACGAGGACAAGGCUUCUCAGGAGGAGCUGGAGCUUAGGUCCCUUUGCCCCAGAGAUAGGCCCCAACCCCGUUUCCCUGAGAUCCGCUCACUUCCUCCUCCGGUGCACCGCCACUCCAUAUCCACCUUCUCCGAGCCUAUCAUUGGGGGCCAGUCUGGAGCAACCCAGUCCCUCAACCCUCAGCCCCCUUACCCUGCCACUCAGAAACUCCUCCAAGACCCCCAGUCUGGAGAGUACUUUCUCUUCGACAUGCCACUCCAGGUGAAAGUCAAAACUUUUUAUGACCCAGAGACAGGCAAGUAUGUCAAAGUUUCCAUCCCCUCUUCCAAGGGGGAUUAUCUGGAACAGCCUCCACCAGAUACACUUGCUACUCCCUAUGUGCUUUACCCAGGCUUCCAGGCCCUGCCUGUGACAGCCUUGACCCCAGUGCGCUGCUCCUCGCAGCUCUCUACCCCCACCUUCCUAAGGCAGGACCUUCUGGUCACCAAGGAAGCAUGCCCUGGGACUCACAGUUUCCCCCAUGCUAGCCUGCAGCCCAGUCCAGAACCCACCCAGUCUUCUGCAGGGGAAGGGCACACAGAUGGGUCUCCUAGAGAUCCAGAGGAGGUGGGAGGAGAUGCUGGGACCCUGAGCAUCAUCUCCACCAAUGACCUGGAGGACUUUGCCACUGAUGGUGUUUCCUGA